UAUAAGAAUUUCAUGAAAUGAAAAAAUUCAAUUAUGCCCGGCCCGUUGUUAAAAUUAUAUUUAAAUUAUGUUUAAUAUAUACAUAAAAUUAUGAUUCAUAAGCUUUUUCCUCCCAUCAAAAAACCAAAAACACAAAAAUAAAAUAAUAAUAAUAAAAAUGACGAGAAAAGUUCGGCAGGUUAAACGAAUGAAUUAAAUUAUAAUUCGUUUUUUUUUGUACAAAUAGAAUUCCGUAAAACGAUUAAGAUUUUUACUGGGUUACAAAAUUUUAAUGGUUUUUUUUUCUAUAUCUCUCCACCUUAUCUUCCUCCCUUUUCAUUUUAUUUUCUUUUAUAUCUCGGAGUCUAAUUCGUAUUUACUAUUUCCGAUUGCCGUUGAAAUUUCUGUUUUUUAUCUUUUUGAACGUUAUUUUUUUUUUAAAGUUAUUUUUUAAAGUUAUUUUUUGAACGUUAUUUUUUUUGAAUGAACGUUAUUUUUUUUUUUCUUCUCUCGUUCUGCUUCUUUUUGUUUUGUUUUGUUUUUAUUUUCAUUUAUUAUUAUCUUCAUUUUAUUAGUCUUUUAUUUUUAAUAAAUUUAUACUUAUCGGGUUAUUUCACGUGAAAAUUCUUGGAUAUUUUCCUGAGAUUCUUUUUUCAUAAAUGUUUACAAUGUUGCAUAAUUUUCUCAAGAAUGUUUAAACUUUUUUGAAUGAUAUUCUAUUGACAUCUAUAAAAAGAAAAUAAUAUAAAUUU